ACUACCAUAUCAGCUGUUUGGGCGCACACAGCAAAACAAAGCGAAAAUUGUUUAUAUCCGUGAUACGGGGGAUAAUAAAAAAAAAAACUUAUGGAUGGACUACACCUGCAUAAGAUAAGCGACUUGCGCUCUCCAGAAAGUUCGAGCAAGGAAGCCACAGGCAACAGCAUGGAGCAGCUUUCGGGUGUUAUGAUAAUCAUAAUCAUCAGUGGAGGUGUCCUCACAUCCCUGAUGCUCUUUAUCUUUGCCAAGCGACAGAUAAUGCGGUUCCAGCUGCGUGGACGUCGCGGUCCUCAUGUUCCAGUGGGCACCGAUGCCAAGAAAGUGCUGCGUCGAGAGAUCGAACGACGAUUGGACUGCAUCCAGAAGAUAGCCCAGGAGCCAAGGCUGCUGUGGAACGAAGGCGACAAGUACAUAGUGCAGCCGGAGCAGGAGGAGCCUCUGCCGCCGUAUUACUACAGAAUGAAGGCUGUAGAUGACGUAAAACUGCUGGAAUCUGAGAUCGCCCGGGCGGAUGGCAGCACAAGGCACGCCCACGAGAGUCUUCGUGCGUUUCUCCUUACCACGCUGUCGGUCACCCUCAACGGUGCAGGCCAGCGCAUGAUUCACCAGUAUUGUGAUAUGUACGAGCACGCUCGCCACGAUCCCAACGAGUUUGGCAAGGACGAAUAUGAGGCGUAUCACCGUUUGUUGCUAAAGCUCCUGGAAGCAUCCAAGCAGCUGAAGAAUUACAACUCCAGGAAGGCCUCACCGGCCCGCACUCCACGCAAGCAAACCAAAAUGCACUCUCUACUGGAUCCGGCUCGCCUGCGUCCUCCCACCUCAUUGGACAAUGUGCAACCGAGCAGCGAACUGACUUCUGGCCAGCAUUCGAAGGUCAACAUGACACUCGGCCUCCAAGGCGUCCCCAUAGACGGGGCCGCCGAGCUGGCCACCAAUCCGCUGCACUUGCAGGCCCCGGCCGAAAGGGAUCUCAUUAUACGCAGCAGAAUCAAGACUCCAACGCUAGACGACAUCAUUGUUGAGGCGGACCACCAUCAGAGCGGUGAUGGUGCCGUGGAGGGGGCGGAGAACGAAAUAAGAAGCAUAUCCGCUAUGCAAUUCCAGAGGAAUUCCAGUAAUGUCUAAGCCAUCGCCCAAAGAACACAAGCGAUCACUGCUUGGGUGAACCCAAUAAAAUAUUAAAUUCGUAUAAAGGGAAUUUCUAUAACACAAUAAAAUAAUUAAAAUAUAA